AUGGACGUUUUUAUGUCUCCCAGUAAUACAGUGUCAGAGCAAUCAACUAUUAUAAGCGAAUUGAAAAGUAUUAAAGAAGAGUUGUAUGCUACUCGUAAUGAGCUGAAAGAAUUUAGGAAUGAAAUGGCAUGUAUAUCGUCUAGUAUAAUAGUAUGUAAUGAAAGAAUAGAUGGGAUCGAGAACAGAUUGGAAUGCUUAGAAAAACGACUCGAAACUCAUAGUAUCAACAACGAUGAAUCCCUGAAAGCAACAGUAGACCAGCUCAAAGCAGACUUUAAUGAGAGGGAACAAGAUUUAUUACUUAAUGACAUCGAUAUCACCGGCAUUCCGGAAAGCAAAGGUGAAAAUCCUUAUCAUAUUGUGAUGCUCAUAGCCGCAAAACUCAGCGUUAAAAUCGAUGAACAAGAUAUCACGCGGGCAGAGCGUAUAGGACCUAUACACGGUUCAAAAGAAGGAGAAAACGCAACGCGCCCAAUUGUAGUGAGAUUAUCGAGGAAGACUCUACGAGAUGACAUACUACGAGCGGCACAACAAAUGUGGAUUGAGUUACAACACAAAGGGCUUCGCUUAGCCAUCGGGACUGUCUAUAGGCCGGAAACACAAAAUAUUGGAAACUCUAUAGAAGAAUUAAGUGAAACUUUGAGCUCCCUGUCAGCGUACAGUUUUCAAUGUCUCUUAACUGAUUUUAAUAUUGACCUUUUAAAUAGUAGUUCAAACGACACAAAAGAAUUUUUAAGGUCCUUAGAUCAACAAAAUUACACACAGUUAGUUCAGGAGCCUACGAGAAUAACUAUGACAUCAGCAACACUUUUAGAUUUAAUAAUAAUAGACACCCCAAUGCUGUGUACAAAAAUUGAAGUAAUUCACAAUCCUUGCUUAAGUGACCAUGCCUUAAUACUAGCAGACUUUGACAUAAAAAAACAAAAAGAUGGGGUAAAAUCAAUUACCAAAAGAUGUUUUAAUGAUAUAGACGAGGAAGAAUUUGGGGAAGAUUUGAAAAAUAUUUCAUGGAAUAAAAUCAAAGAAUCUGAAAGCAUCAAUGAGAUGGUAGCAAAGUUUAAUUGUGAAAUAUUAAAUUUAUUUGAUAAACACGCACCGGUUAAAGUCAUAAAAAUAAAAAACAAUUCUUAUCCAUGGAUUACCGAGGUUAUUAAAAUAAUGAUGGAAAAAAGGGAUGAGGCGCUAAAAAAAGCCCAUAAUAGUAAAAAUGAUGCAAGUUGGUCAUAUUAUAAAAUGUUCAAAAAUUUUACCAAUGCAAGUAUAAAAAGAGAAAAAAAAGCUUAUAUAAAUUUCUAUGUGAAUAAAAAUGCCAAUAGACCAGUUCUAAUGUGGCAACAUUUUAAGAAAAUUUCUCCCUUAGGCAAGGGCAAUUCAGGUUGUAUACCACCUCAUUUGCAAGAACCAGACAAAAUUAACGAUUUUUUUAUGACAUUGCCAGGCAAUGAAAUCACAGAUUUAAAGACACUAGCUCAAUUCACAACGAAUCGAGACUCGAACACCGAAUUUUUCAUAAAAGAAUGCUCGAAAGAGCAAGUACUUAACAUAAUAAACAACAUCUCUUCAAAUGCAAUUGGGCAUGAUAACAUUUCAAUAACUAUGAUAAAAUUAACCUUGCCUGUUACGCUUGAUAUUAUUACCUAUAUCAUUAAUCAAUCUAUCAAAACACACACGUUUCCAGACUCAUGGAAAAUAGCAAAAGUAAUACCUUUACCAAAAAUCACAUCAGUAGAAAACUAUAAAGAUCUAAGACCCAUCAGCAUUCUUCCGGUUAUGUCAAAAAUUAUAGAAAAAAUCGUAUGUAUGCAACUAACAACCUACUUGGAAACACAUAACAUACUUCCAGAACAUCAAUCUGGCUUUAGAAAAGCUCAUGGAACGGCCGCUGCGUUAUCAGCAGUAACAGAUGAUAUUCUUUCGGCAUCAGAUAAUGGGAAGAAAACAGUAUGUUUCUAUAGAAAGUUCUGAACAAAAGGAACCGCUGAUUUCGCACAUUAAAUCUAACACACGUGGAACCCCCCAAGGAUCAAGUCUAAGCCCAAUCCUUUUUAUCAUAUAUACAGUGGAUUUAAGUCGCGAGUUAAAUAGCUGUAAGAUACAUCAGUACGCAGAUGAUACUCAGGUAUAUCUACACUUUGAUCCAAAAAAUACAAACAUUUCAGUAAAUUUUAUAAAUAAUGAUUUAGAACAUAUAUCUCAGUGGUCGGAAAAAAAUAAUUUAGUUCUUAAUGCGAAUAAAUCAAAAUAUAUGGUACUGGGCAGCAAACAUCAACGUGAAUGCAUUAAGGGACACAACUUACAGAUCAAAAUAGGCAAUGAAUCUUUAGAACAAGUAAAAGUUGCUAAAAAUCUUG